AUUUUCAGCGAUGUUAUCAAUACCAAAUGUUGAGGUGGAACCGAUUGAAGAUGUUUUCUUCGUAGAACCACCACUGGAACGGAUUGGUGAUGCUAUCGAUCUCGUCCAACGAUUCAAUGAAGAGGCUCGCCCAUGGUCUCAGAAGCGACGAAGCCGUCGUGGGGAACCAUUGCGGCAGAAUGAUUCAAGGCCGGUGAAUAAUUCAAGUGCACGAAUAUCCAACGAUGUUUCCUCAGCUGCAACGAAUACUACUACUCAUGAAGGUAAUCAACUGAACGGACAGCCAUCGCCAACAGAAACAAGGUCAAAUGAGGGCUAUUGCGGUUUCGAGCGAGAAAUGCCACCCUCAUUAACAUCUUCCACAGCAUCUUCUUGGGCAGAGCGUAAAAGUGCUCCUAUUAGUUAGCUAUGUUCUGUUGAUCUGUGCAUAAUAAUUUCGCAUUUUGUAUUUUGAGAAAUUUUCUUAUCAAAAUUUGAUUUGUUGUGUAAGUUUUUAAAUAUGAAUUCACUGUUGCGUUUUUUCCUUUUGGAUUGCAUAUCAGUUUACUGUAUUCAUAGAUGCAAGCCAC